AUGGCGAAGUCUUGCAAGGGCCUCGCAACCGAACUCGUCAAGUGUCUCAGCGAAUCAGACUGCGUUAAAGUUGGGAAUCGUUCCAUUAGGGAUUGUGCCGGAGAGAAGAGUCCCUCCGUUUCCAGUGAAUGCGUCGGACUGAGGGAAACCUAUUUCAACUGCAAGCGAGGCCAGGCACGUUUUCACUAUAUCAUCCCUUUUCUUUUUCCUCAUAGCUCAACCUUCAAUUUCGAUUUCACUUUCGCAAUUAUUUUACUUUCUUGCUGGAAAAUUAAUGUAAAUUGCUUGGCUAGGUUUGGUAUGGAACAACAGAUACAUCUAACUGAUGUCUAG